UUCUCAUUCUCACAAAUCACAACCAACCACAAAACAAAAACUUGUUUUUCUCUCUCUCUCUCUACCAAACCAAACAUGGCAACCAAGUUUUUCCUUCUUGUCCUUCUAAUAUCUCUUCUCUCUAUAGCAACAUCAUCAACACCAACAAACUUCAUCAAAUCCUCAUGUAGCACAACACAAUACCCUACACUUUGUGUUGAAUCUCUCUCUAUCUAUGCAUCAAAAAUCCAACAAGACCCUCACCAAUUAGUCCAAACAGCUCUAUCCCUUAGUCUCAACAGAACUCAAACCACAAAAGCCUUUGUAAGAAAGUGCAAGUACUUCAAGAAUCUGAAACCAAGAGUGUAUGGUGCAAUUCAUGAUUGUGUUGAAGUGAUGAGUGAUGGUGUUGAUAGGCUAAGCAGUUCAUUGGAAGAGCUCAAACUUUGCAAGAUCAACGGUCAGGAUUUCAAUUGGCAUAUAAGUAAUGUUGAGACAUGGGUUAGCUCAGCUUUGACUGAUGGAAGCACUUGUAGUGAUGGGUUUGGUGGAAAAGCACUUGAUGGAAGAAUCAAAAACUCUAUUAGAUCUAGAAUUGUUGAUGUUGCUCAAGUUACUAGUAAUGCUCUUGCACUUAUUAAUCAAUAUGCUGCUAAUCACUAAGGGAAAAUUGAAAGUUUUGCUUUUUGAGGUUGUUGAGAAACACUUUGAUGUGUGUGGUUUGUUUUAUUUGUUUUGUUUGUUUUAUGUGAUGUGUAAUGUGUAAUUAACUUAUGUGAAAUAUUUAAAGAUUUUAUAUCA